CACAAUAAUAGAGGCUAAAGGCAGCAGACGUGCCGGCCCGAGGUCUGACUGUAGGUGACGGCAGUACAACAUCAGUAAUAAAGCAGGCUGACAACGUCAAUGAAAGAUGGCUUCAUACGGUACAGAGGAGAAUGCCCAGCUAAGGGAGAGACUGCAAGCACAAUGUGAUCGGUUGUGCCAAGAACUCAAUGAAUUGGAGGAAUAUAAGGACGAUCUUAACCCAGAGGAGUACAAUGAAUGCAAACAAGACACAACAGAGCAGUUGAAAGAGCUGCAUGAAACUCUUGAAAAGUUGAUUGCUGGGGAUAUGACUCUUGUCGACGGGUUUGGUGAAAUACAAUUGUCCAUCAAAGAGGCGAUUUUGAAAGCUUGUCCUUCAUCAGCCUUGAAAGAACAGAGGAAAGACAAAACUGAUUUGAGAUCCAGGCUAGCUGCUUUGGAAAAAGAUGCGAAGAACGGCAGGAUAACAGAAAAUGAAUGCCACCUUCUAAAAGAGGAAAUCCUGCAAGCUAUCAUUCAGUCUGGUGAAACCAUCACAUCAGAGGAGAAAAAAUUCCUCAGCCAAUUGAGUGCCAAAAAUUCGCGAUUUGUUGAAGUAACUGAUCACUCAGGACUUUCUGAGCAAGCAAUCGAGUCAGCAUCAUCAAAUUUAUAUUCUUUCAAGAAGUAGCAUCAUUUUGGACAACGUUAAUUUUAAUUAUAUGACCAUAUAAUUCAUUAGCAGAGCACAAAAAAAUCAUUAUUUCAAAAUUUCACUGCUGAAUUUAAUAAUUAUUUGCAUAUUUUACACAAAAUGCAUUUCGGACCGUCUCUCAUACUGUAAAUUCCGUAAAUUCAACUUAUUUGUCAGGAUAUUUUCCUGUGUCUGUGCUAAUUUAUUCUGGAUAUUAUAUUUGUGGCAGUCGGUAGGUCCAACCAUCAAAAAUAUAAAAAAUAAAUUAGGGAUAGCAAACACUCAUAUUUAAGGAGCUAUCAAAGUAAAUGACGCAAUUUAUGUAUUUUUUGUCGUAACUUUACAUGCAUUCAUAAGAAUCCAUUAAGGCAUCUUACAUCACAAAUAAUUGGUUCAAAUUCGAUUAAGACAUAAAGAACACUACAACUUAAAAAUUUUAAAUUUUCAAAAAUGGAAGGUUAAAUACAGUCCCACUGUGGCUGCUGCGCAGUCUUAAAUUGGUACACCUUGGUUAUGACCAGAAAUAUUAAUUUAAGUUAUGACACCCUAGCUAAUUUUGAAGUUGUAAUUUUUUAUUGAUGAAAUUGUUGGCUGGUGGACUGGAGGAGCCGCUAAGGACGUUUAACACUAACAUUCUGACUGUAUUCAGAGUGGGUGCAUGAUUCCAUCAAAUAUGUAUAGUAAAAGUUACUGUGAGAGGGCUCUUGGGGGUUCCAUGCAUUUACAAAAAAAAUGUGAAUCAUUUUCUUGUGACAUUUGCAGGUAACCAGGGGGUUGGCCUAAGAAACUAAUGUAUUUUUAUUCUUGUAUUGGAGCUUGAUCAUAAAUAAUAUUCACUUAUUUCCAGUAUAAAA